GUUGAAACCAGAGACCAUUGGUACAGCAGCUGGAAGAAAAUAUAGAGAGAAGGUGAGAGAAGCCAAACAUGCAUCAUCAAACCUCGCCUCGAUAAAAACAUCGUCUCUCGAGCACAACGAGCGCCCACCCCCCCUCCUUAAAAAAAAAGGAUCAAAAAAAGACAAACCUAAAACAACAUCAACGGCCACAAGGAAAGGGAACAUGGCCGACCGAAAGCGGAAGCGCUCGGCCCCUGCCUUCUCGCCGUCGUCGUCGUCGCCGCGCCUCCUCCCGAGCGACGCGAUCAACCCGCUCAGCCACCCGCCCAGCACCCUCAGGCAAUUCGCCGUCGCCGGCCUGGCGCAGGCGGAGGACUUGCCCUCGGCGCUCGUCCCGGGCUUCCCGCAUCGGCCGCUCCCCAGGAGGGGCGCCCCCCCGGGAGAUGAAGACGCCGAGGCGGAAGCAGGACCGGGAUCCGGAGCCGGAGCCGGAGGAGCAGACGGCAGCGGCGGUGCAGGAGGGGGCGAUACGGAGCCAGCGGAGGAAGAGGCGGCGGCCGCGCGGAGCAGGGCGGAGAAGCGUGCGGCGGGGCUAGAGCGCGAGUGGCGGAUCCACGAGGGCGAGGUCGGGGUGGUGGCGGCGAUACUGCGGCGCAGCCUGGCGGAGGGCGACCUGGCGCGGGCGAGGGUCGCCUUCGGGAGGCUGGCGCGGUCGACCGUGCACGGGAAACCGGUCGACCUGCGGCACGGCGGGUACUGGGCUAUGGGCGCGGAGAUCCUGAUGCGCGACGGCGAGGCCGACGGGGGUCUGGGAGGUGUAGCUGGGGAGGAGGGUGGUGGUGCGGCGCCGAGGCGGUGGGGAUCCGCGGCUAACAUGGUCAGGGUCAGGGCGUACUUUGAGGAUCUGAUACAGCUGCAUCCUUACAACCGCCACCAUCCAGGCUCGAUCAGCGCCCUCGAUUUCUGGCCGGUGAUGCUGAGCUGUGAGAUGUACAACGUCUACAUCGAGCACAAGCUCGCCCUGGAGCAGUUGGAAGCCGGUGUAGAAGACCUCGGUGACGCAGAAAUGGGUGGGGAGCAGGUGAAAUACCUAGACAGCGACGAGCAGAUGGAUGGAGCGCUGAGGGAAGGGAAGAACAAGCUUCGCCUCCAGGCGCUGGACGGGAUGAGGGACAUCGCGAACAGGAUGGAUUCCGUCAUGGAGAACCCUCCAUAUUCGACAAGCCUCGAGAUGCUCCGCCUACGAGGAAUGGCUGCUCUCUACAUGGGAGACCUCGCACUUCUACCUCAUCCGAGGACGGCCGAGGAGGAAGGCGAGGGUAAGGCGAGAAGCGAGGAAGAAGCGGGCCGCGCCAAAGCCAUGUUCCGAAAGUUAUUGGAGCGUGGAGGCGAGAUUGAGCCUUGGUUCCGACACUUGGUGCAGCUGGAUGAUGUUAAGGGCGAAGAAGAGGAGGAUGAAGACGAAAACGGAGCCGACUUGCUGCCGAUGUACUCGUCACUCCCUGUGCGGCAACCAUGAAAGAGAAAGAAAUAAUCAUGGCAUCCGUAUUAUUA